AUGUCGUUCGGCAAGGGACGCAAUGAGAGUUUGGAUUGUCUCACUCCAGCAUCGUAUGUGUCUCAAGGUGCGGCACCUGAGGCACCAGCACCGACCCAAAGUGUCAGGGCAAGCCAGCCGCCACUAUUCCCAGCUAGUAGCAGACAUAUUCUGUCUCCUUCGACGUUACUAGCGCAUCCAAGUCCGCAUUCAGUGCCCAGUACUGCUACUCUGCUUGGACUUUCCUCUGAACACGUAAUCACUAGUCCUCAGUCGGUUCAGUUGAAAAAUACACCUACUUCUAUCGGACCAAGUCCAAGAGAUGUGCUAGUUACCAAUCUAUCGCCGAUCUCUGAUAUUUUACAAGGUGAUCGUUCAUCUAUGUCACCUGCAUCUGGAAUCUCUUCCGUAGAUGCAUCGGGUGCAACACCCUCGACAGAUGCAGAUGGGAAAAUCGUCAAGCGUAAGUAUUCUAGAAAUGGUUGUUUGGAGUGUAAGAAAAGACGGAUGAAAUGUGACGAGGGCAAACCGACCUGUUGGCAAUGUGCCAGGUUGAAUAGAAAGUGUGUGUAUAUAUUGAAUCCAAAGAAUAAGAAACGGAAACCCAGAAAACCCAAGUCUGCAGGGGCAUGCGCUACAUGUACUGAAGAUGGUGAUGAGAAGGGAAAGGUUAAGAAUGAUGCAACGAUGAAGAGUGAAACAAAUUUCUCACUGAAUAGCCAUGUUAAUGAUUCUUUGGUAAAUUCAGGAUUGCCAAACCUCAUACCUGCAGGUAGCAUUAACGCUAUGGAUGCCAAUCUUUUGAUUCAGAAUCUCAACGACAUUGUUAGUAUGAAGUUGAAUGACUCUUUGGUUAGCGAUGAAUUAAAGGAUCUUGAGUUUAACGACUUAGAUCUGCCAGAUCUGAACUUUCCAAUGCUUAACACUGCUUCGGAGUUUUCAUCAGUUCCAAUCUCCUUUUUGGUCGAUAAUACAAUCACUUUCAACACAUCUCUAGAAUCAUUCAAGCUAGGUGGUCUGCAUGAUAAAUAUCUGCGAACCUUUUACCAUGACUGUUUGGAUUCCAUCACACCUUUCUUUCAAGACCAAAAUAAUCCACUUAGAGAUAUAUUACUGUCAUUCGGCAGGAACGAACCAUAUCUUCUCUCGGCGAUUUUAGCUGUGGGCGCCUCUAUUGUUCAUCGUAAAUCAAACAAAAUGGAGGAUGAAAAGGCGUAUUGCGGCUAUUUAUCACAUUGUUUGCAACUCCUCGGAGAUCAGUUUAAAAAUGAAACCAACGUCAUUAAUAAGCUUGAGCCUAUUAUCCUAACUGUCAUUUUAUUAACUUGGGAUUGUAUCUAUACAAUGAACUCCCAAUGGAGGUCCCAUUUGAAAGGUAUCACUGAACUUUUCAAGAAGAUCAAUUCAGGAAACUCAUCAAAAGUGCUAAAUGUCGCGAAAUGUUGGUUUAAGGUUAUGGAGACUUUUGCAAGUAUUAGUACCGUGCUAGGUGGUGCACUUGUUGAGGAAACAGACUUGGACGCGAUUUUUGAUCCAUACGAUUUCCAGUAUGUCGAGUCGUUGAAGUCUCUAAAUAUCACAACCUCGUUGAAUGAGUUCAAUCUUUUACGGGGUCACAACGAAGAGUUUGAUCUUGUUAUCAAAGAGGUCUUCAAAAGUUUGAACUUGAUUAGGUCUUUGGAGAAGACAAGCAUGGACGGGAAUAAAGGUGGAAUGAUCAAUAAAAACAUAGACUAUUUACUCUUCUUUGACUCUCACUCUGAAGCCUAUAUGAACAAGCUCUCUUAUUUCAAGAUACAGAAAAUCAUCGUGGAAAUUGAUAAGCAGCUUGAAUAUCAAUUCAUUGACAAAUCCGGUGUAAUACCUGCAGAUAAUCAAUCACAUCCUUCUAACAGCAAAAUACUAGAUCAUGCAAUAGAUCUUGUUACUCUAAAAAAUGGAGAUGUCAUUGCGAUAAGCUGGUAUGAUAUUUCUCAUCAAACUCAAGUUCUAUCUUUCUUAUUGAUUGUUUUACUAAAACUACUUGGUAUUCCAAAAGAGUCCAUUGCUGUACAGCAAGUUGUUAAGCGUAUCAUGUCCUUAUUCCGAUUUUUGGAUAGUGAUCAACCACCAGUUAAUCUAAGGACCUGUUAUUCUAACUUUGCAGUGCUUAUUGCCGGGCUAAAUGCGAUCGAGGAAGAAACAAAGUAUUUGGUACGAAAAUACUACGAAGUUAACGGAUCAAGGUUUAGAAGAUUGACGGAACACAACUUGAACAGAUUAGAAAAGGUAUGGAGCGGUAAUGCAGGAAAGUUCAAUCUUGAGGAUCAAGACGUUUUGACAUGGUAA